CUUUCCCGUGCUCUCCAAAGAUGUCGUACACGUGUUACCGUACUCUCGUGCAAACGAACAUAACAUCGUCGGCACAAAGUGUGAUACCUUUCCCAACUCGCCAUCCGAUUGUACGCACUGGAACUGGCGCUUGCGAUGAACAAGGAGACUAACAGGCAUGGACGAGAAGACGCGGAAGUCAACUCCAAGUGUACAGUACAUAAAAGUUUAUUUAUUAUCCCACGUCCAUAAAUAAAUGCACGGCACUGUCGACAGGACGUGCAAGAAUGUCCGCGGUCUACGCUCGAGUGUCAUUGCCGCGACUAUCUUAUGCGGCGUCGUCUACCUGGCUUUCCCCAAUUAUCGGAAGAGGGUUUUCUCGCGAGUGUUUGACUCGGCCUCUGAAACUUUGCGUGGAGGCUUUUCCAUUUCCCCGGCGGAACCUACGAGCUUCACUCGAAGAAGCGAUAUUAGCUUAGUCAGUAACGCGUGCGUUGUUGUAGAGCAGGCACGGUACUUGAAAAACGCCGGCGGUGCUCAUGUCGGUCACUGGGUCGCGGUGCUCACGCAGCUCAUGCCGCACUUCGAAGCAGUUGCACGCAGAAGCAGUAAUGCGAAGGGAAGCUCAACGAAAAUGCACCUAUUUUUUACCGACCAGCAUCGCGACGCAUGGCAACUGCAGAAAAUUGGAUCGAUACUCAGAAACCACCCGUACUACCAAAUAACUGCCAACGCUGCGAUGCACGGCUUCAACAUCGAUGUCAUCCUGCGCACGACCGUGUUGGACACGUUAUCACGUGGAAAGCGUAAGUGUAGGCAGAGCAUAGAUGCGGGCAGGUUCCCAGCAGAUGACACAUGGACGCCGGGCCUGCACCGGUUCGUGCUCGGUGCUUUCGAGUCGCUGGGAUGCUCCAAUAAUGCCAAUGUAGCGGAUAUCUUGAUAUACAAUAGAAAAGGUACGAGAGAAAUUACAAACACUCGAGACAUUGCGGAUUAUUUAGAACAUAGAAAUUACAGUGUGCUGAUACAGACCGCAGAUGUUUUAACGCCGGCGCAGCAGGUUUGUCUCAUCGGCAAGCCGUUUAGGUACAUCGUGACCCCUCACGGCGGGCAGAUGGCGAGUCUCAUGUUUAAAAACGAACGCACGAGUGUGAUUGAAGUGAUGCCCCGGAGCGGCGUGUUGGAAUGUUAUCGAUACAUCACACGGGAUUACGCAUUGUGGUUCGCACUUCAAGUUGUCAGUCUGUGGCGCUGUGCGGGUUUUUGCAUAGACGAUGCACGGCGAAACACGUCAUUCGAUGCUAUUUUGAGGCCGAAUGAUGGAGGUGCUGAGCUCGAACGCGAGAUCAGGUCCGAGGUUCUCACGGUUGACUUCAUAGGCAUGAAAAGCCUGAAAAACCUGUUGGACUUGCGUGCUUGGGUUCAAAAUGAAAAAAAAACGAGUACUGUACGCGAGCAUAUUAUCGCUUAG